CUGCAGUUGUUCUGUCAGCGGAGCGUUUCUGCUGAAUUGCACUUGGAGAAGGGUUAGAAAACACACAAAGAUGAGCGGCCGGAUUAUGCAAGCGGCUCGUUGCCCGACAGACGAACUGUCGUUGACCAACUGUGCUGUCAUCAAUGAGAAGGAGCAGCAGUUUGAACAACAUGUGACUGUACGCAAUUUAGCCCACAAGUUUGUGUUCACCUUGAAGAAGCAUCCCAGUGUUAACGCCGGGACCAUCGCCUUCAGCCUGCCACAGAGAAAAUGGGCCGGCCUGUCGAUUGGACAAGAGGUUGAAGUAACAAACUACAAGUUCGACAAGUCCAAACAGUGCAUAAGCACCAUGACAGUGGAAAUUGACUUCCUGCAGAAGAAGAAUGUGGACAGCAACCCCUACGACUCGGACAACAUGGCCAGCGAGUUCAUCCAGCACUUCAACAACCAGGCCUUCAGCAUCGGCCAGCAGCUGGUGUUUAGUUUCUGUGAUAAGUUGUUUGGCCUGCUGAUAAAGGAUAUUGAGGCCAUGGACCCCAGCAUCCUGAGGGGAGAACGUGGCUCUAACAAGAAACCAAAGAUUGAGAUCGGUUUGUUGCUGGGAAACAGUCAGGUGAUUUUUGAGAAGUCAGAGACUUCAUCCAUGACGCUGGUUGGGAAAUCCAAGACCCGAGAGUCCCGCCAGUCCAUCAUCAGCCCAGACUGGAACUUCGAGAAGAUGGGUAUUGGCGGCCUUGACAAGGAGUUUUCUGACAUCUUCCGUCGAGCCUUCGCCUCCCGAGUUUUCCCUCCAGACAUAGUAGAACAGAUGGGCUGUAAGCAUGUGAAGGGCAUCCUGCUGUUCGGACCCCCAGGCUGCGGUAAAACCCUGAUGGCACGACAGAUUGGCAAGAUGCUCAAGGCCCGCGAGCCAAAGAUCGUCAACGGCCCCGAGAUUCUCAACAAGUACGUGGGAGAGUCUGAGGCCAACAUCAGGAAGCUGUUUGCAGACGCAGAGGACGAACAGAAGAGGCUCGGUGCGAACAGCGGCCUUCACAUCAUCAUAUUUGAUGAGAUUGACGCCAUCUGUAAACAGCGUGGGAGCAUGGCUGGCAGCACGGGAGUCCAUGACACUGUCGUCAACCAGUUGCUGUCCAAGAUAGACGGCGUGGAGCAGCUCAACAACAUCCUGGUCAUAGGUAUGACCAACAGGCCUGACCUGAUAGAUGAGGCCUUGUUGAGGCCAGGAAGACUGGAGGUGAAGAUGGAGAUCGGGUUACCGGAUGAAAAGGGCCGCAUUCAGAUCCUCAACAUCCACACGGCAAAGAUGCGUCAGCACGACCUGCUGUCCACUGACGUAGACAUUAAGGAGCUGGCAGUGGAGACUAAGAACUACAGUGGUGCCGAGCUGGAGGGCCUGGUCAGGGCCGCACAGUCCACUGCCAUGAACAGACAUAUCAAGGCCAGUAACACAGUGGAGGUAAACAUCGAGACGGCAGAGAAGCUGCAGGUCUCCAGACUGGACUUCAUGGCUUCACUGAAUAACGACAUCAAACCUGCAUUCGGCACCAAUCAGGAGGACUACGCCAGCUACAUCAUGAACGGGAUCAUUCGAUGGGGUGACCCGGUGUCAGCGGUCCUAGAGGACGGGGAGCUGCUGGUGCAGCAGACGAAGAACAGCGACCGCACACCGCUGGUCUCUGUCCUACUGGAGGGUCCACCUAACAGUGGGAAAACAGCGCUGGCUGCAAAGAUCUCUGAAGAAUCCCAGUUCCCCUUUAUCAAGAUCUGCUCCCCCGACAAGAUGAUCGGACACUCCGAGAUCGCCAAAUGCCAAGCCAUCAAAAAGAUAUUUGAAGAUGCCUACAAGUCCCAGCUGAGCUGUGUGGUUGUGGAUGACAUCGAACGUUUACUAGACUACGUCCCAAUCGGCCCUCGUUUCUCCAACCUGGUGUUACAAGCUCUGCUGGUGCUGCUGAAGAAACCUCCUCCAAAGGGUCGUAAGCUGCUGAUCAUCGGCACCACAAGUCGCAAAGACGUCCUCCAGGAAAUGGAGAUGUUGGAUGCUUUCAGCACCACCGUCCACAUUCCCAACAUCUCGAGGGGCGAGCAGCUGGUCGAGGCCCUGGAGCUGCUGGGCAGCUUUCAGGAUGUAGAGCGGGCCAGCAUAGCCAAAGCUGUGAAGGGCCAGAGUCUGUGGAUCGGCAUUAAGAAGCUGCUCAUGCUGAUUGAAAUGUCUGUGCAGAUGGAUCCGGGCUACAGAGUUAGCAAGUUCCUGAGUCUACUGAAGGAUGAAGGAGCACUGGGUUCUGAUAAGUUUGUGGCAAUCUAGACUCAGUGGAGCCACAUAGUGAAAAAGAGGCAUCCUUCAAUGUUGCUGAGGAACGGAAGCCUGAAAGAGGCUGGCAGGAGGAAGCAAGCGAGAGAUAGUUUCCAUUUCUCUCUGCAUCCUUCCCUCCCGUCCCUGAAGCUCUGUGCGCUUCUCUCUGCACUGCAGCUCUCUGCAGCAGCAGCAACCAACCAGGCAACCUCCUUCCUCCUCUUCAGCACUAUGUGAACAUGUAAAAUAAGAGAAAUAAGCAGUGUUUGUGGUAUCUGUGUAUAUUGCAUCUGCAGAAGACUAGUGCUGUAAACUCCAUGUGAUGCCCCCAGCACUCCUUUGGGAUUUUAUAUGUAAGAGGUAAAAGAUUUUGCAUGCACGAACACUAAUCAGAACACUGUUUGUUUAUAUAGGCUGUAUUUGUAUGCACAGGUUUGUAAUCGGAUCAUUCCAGGACUUAAAAAAUCUCACUUUGUUCUUAAUCAUGUCAUGUACUGGCUUGUGUCUGACCUUUUUUAUUUCAUGAAUAAAUUAAUUAUAUUACUGUUACUAACAAGAAACUGUAGUAUUUGAAAUGAACGAUGAAAUGAUGAUCACCAAAUGUUAUAAAUGAAAUUACCUCA